CCUCCACCUCGCCGCGUCGUUUCUCGCUUUCCGAGGGGAGCUCGCAAAACCCCACUCCCACUGCGUCGGCCGCCCAGCCCCGCCGCGCCGAUCGCGCCGAACCCUAGCAUCGCCGCCUCCGCCGCCGCAAUCCGGCCGCGCAGCCGCAUUCCCCACCGCGCUUGCUCGCCGGAGAGAGGCGGAAUGGCGAACAUUCCAGAGGGAUCAUUGAUAGAUGGAACUGCUGGAAGCAACACGACGAGCGGAAAUGGCGGCCCGAAUGCGAUCAGCGCUCCGCACUUGAGGUCACGCCAACUGUUCAACGUGCCGACUGCAAGGAGGAGGUCUAGUCGGACGACACCCAAUCCUUUCAGGGGCCAUCCUCCCACGAGGUUGGGCAGUGAGGCGUUGGGGUCCUAUGAGAAGAAGCGAAAGGCACCAACGGAGGAAGCACCCUCUGGAAUUUCAGAAGCAGUCAAGGUCAGUAAUUCAGCUCCUCUGACGCCGAGAGACCCAAACAGAACUUAUAGCUCCAAGGACGGUGCAAAAGGGCGAUUCAGUGAGCACGCCAUGGUUGAGAAUGCUUGGAGUUCACCAAAGAAGCGAAGAUGUACGCGUAUCAGCAACUACUUGUCACAAUUCACGCCGUCCAGCAAGGGGAAAGCCACAGCUGUAGUUGUUAGAUCGGAGCAAUCAUCUAUUCCCCAAGAAACAAACAAGUUUAAGGAAAGUCCAUUUCAGAAUCUUCAGAGAUUGCCAGAUGGGUGCCAUCCUGAUUUUGACAAUGAUCAUUUGUGUUCUGUCAAUAAGCUCCGUGAGUUCUGGCACAAGUCUCAAGGUGCUGUCUUUGUUGAUGAUAAGGAGCAUGUUACGAAGACCAUCUUAUUCAUAUUGUCAGUUUUACCUGAUGCCUGCCAACCUUUUCUACUUCUCACAACUGCUUCUCUACCCUUAUGGAAGGCUGAGUUCAGUUGCUUUGCACCAUGUAUCAACGUUGUUGUGUAUGACGGGGAGAAAGAUGUGCACAAGCUAGUUCAAAAUCCGGAGUUCCAUGAGAACGGAAGACACACAACGUUACAUGUUCUCCUAUCUCAUCCUGAUUCUAUCUUAGAGAACAUUAAAAAUGUAGAUUGCAUUGGUUGGGAGGCAGUUAUUGUUGACUAUUGUCAAAGCUCUAUUCUGAAACAGCUCAAACAACUCAAGCAACUUCCAACAGGUUUUAGGAUGGUGCUUUUGAGCUCUCCACUGAAGGAUAAUCUUCUCGAGUACAAGAACCUGCUAGCUUUCCUUAACUCAGAACAAGAAGAUAAUGGAGCUUAUGUUGAUGCUGAUGCCCUUGCUAUGUUGAGAGCAAGAUUUACACGUCAUAUUGCAUAUGAGCGAAAAGCGGGUUCUUCAAAUUUUUUGGAGUAUUGGGUUCCUGCUUACCUUUCACAAGUGCAGCUAGAACUCUAUUCUUUUAUGUUGCUUGAAAACUCAUCUAUCCUGCAGUCAAAAAUGGCAACUGACAGCGUUGGCGCUCUUCGUGACAUUGUUAUGUGUCUUUGGAAGUGCUGCAAUCACCCUUGCCUCAUUGGCCUAGAACAUUCACCUGGCAACACUUGUGGUGUAACUGAAUCUAUGGAUGAUAGAAUGCGCGAAAGUGGCAAGUUACAGCUUCUUGAAAAAAUGCUUAAAGAGAUCAGGAACAAGAGGUUAAGAGUCAUUGUUCUUUUUCAAUCUGAUGGAGCAGUUGGAGACGGAACGGGCAAUAUCUUAGAAGAACUCAUACGCCACAGAUUUGGCCGCGAGUCAUACGUACGUGUUCAAAACCGUUCAGCAUUUUCAAUGAAACGAGAAGCAAUGAAUAUGUUCAAUGACACAACCAAAGGGCGAUUUGUGUUUCUGAUUGAUAGCCGCGCAUGCCAUUCCAGCAUAAAUCUUUCAUCUGUUGAUACCAUUAUCAUUUAUGGUAGUGACCUGAACCCCCUAAAUGACCUGAAGGCUCUUCGAAAGAUCAAGAUAGAGUCACAGCUGAAGUUUGUGCGCAUUUUCCGCUUAUAUACUCCUUUCACAGUGGAGGAAAAGGGUCUUGUGCUUGCAAAGCAAGGCAUGAUUGUUGAUAGCAACGGCCAGGAUAUAUUGCCUAGUUUAAGCCAUUGCUUUCUAAGCUGGGGUGUUUCGUUCCUCUUCAGCAGAGUUGAUGAGCUUCGGCAAGAUAACUGUGCUAGUAAAAGUUAUUAUGAAAGGGGCAUGGUCUUUAUGGAUAAAGUAAUUUUGGAAUUUUUAGCAGAACUAUCCACAGAUGUUGAAGAUAGCUGCAAAGUAAAUAAUGCAACCAUAUCAAAAGCUUGUAUGAGUGGUGAGUUUUAUUCAAGAAACAUUACCCUGAUAGGUGAGAGAGAGGGAGUAUCUUCACUGGACGAAGAUCCACCUAAAUUCUGGUUAAAUUUGCUGGAUGGGGAAUCCCGUGGUCGGCGCUAUAAACGAAUCAAUGUUCCCACUGGAGAAACUAAGGAAGCCAGAACGAAGCUUAGCAAAACAGGUGAAAUUGCAGGUUCAUCUUCAAAGUUUUCAUCAGAUGUGAUUAAUGAUGACCUGUUUCCUGAAAUUGGUACUUCAUCCAGUGCCGAUCUUCAUCUGCUUCCUGAGACAGGGAUGGAAAACCUGAGCACACCAAAAAGUCUUCAUGCUGAACUUAAGCACGAGUUAUCAAAGCUAAUUAAGGUGUUAAAACUACCGGAUAAUGUAUGCUCUCUGGCCAAUCAGCUCCUUGAGUAUCUUUUGAAGAAUCAUCUAGUAGUGCGGGAGCCACAGGGUACACAGCACAUGUUCAACAUAGCCUUGUGUUGGUUUGCUGCUUAUCUUCUGAAAUACACCAAGUUGGAUCAUCAAGAAUCACUUGCCCUUGCUGCAGAAGGCUUGAACUAUGAAUGCAAUGAGGAGCUCACACGAUUUUUCUAUAAAAAAUUACGGUUACAUAAACCAGGUGGGAGAAGGAACAUAAUACAGACUGAUAGAUUUUCACCCCAUGAGAGCUCAUCUGCUAAUUUGAGAAGUGACCACAUUUUCCCGAAGCACGCAAUAGAUUGUCAUGAUAACUUCACAAAUGGCACUCAAGAGAGCUCAUCUGCUUCUGAGAAGAUGGUUUCAGAUGGGCAAGAGUUGGUAUCUUCUCCAGAAGCUGAUAGAGAAUGGCAUUUGUCAAGUGAAGAACCCCCUGGUAGGACCGCAACGCAAAGAAUAGAUUUAUUUAAAAACAUUUUUUCCUUGAGAGAGAAGAAUAUUAUUGAGAAACAGCAACUUGAGAUAUCGAAGUUAAGUACACAGAGAGACAAUGAAGUUAUGAAACUGAAAGAAGUAUGCCAUGCAGUUGUUCAGCACAUUCGGAUAAGUGAUAUCGAUGAAGAGAUCAGAAAUGACCAAAUAAAGCUAGUGAUUAACUGGUUCACUAUGCUUAUGUAUGCAUUUUUGGCGCACAUGAAACUCCAGCUUUCCAAACUUGAAGCACGGCAAUCUAGCACAUGGGUUGAAGAGCAACUGAUGAAGGAAAAACUCAAACAUGAAGUAUUAUCAGGCCCAUUAGAUCAAUUCCUUGAUCUCUGCAAUACUCUACCAGAUUCCAAUUUCGCUGUUGAGGAAUUCAUCCAUUUUAAGAAACAAAAUGGUGAUAAUCAUGUUGACAACAUUUUGGCCUUGGGCUGUGACCAGCUUAUGGAUGACGGAUUGAUGGAAAUUACUCUUGUACGGAAUUCAGUUCCAUCAGAGGCUUUUUCUACAUGUGUGGUGAGAAAUGAGCCUACAGAAACUCAUAUGAGGUCUGGUGGGGGAGCAGCAUCAGAAUCUUUAGAUCUUCCAGAUGACAAUAUCAGCUGUAGUUCUGAUGGAGUUGACCUACAAAGAACCUGUUCUGCAAGUACUAUUCCUGCAAAUCAUGAUUCAAUCAAUCAGGAAUCUUCAACUGGUGAGGCCAGAAGUGUUGAACAUGCCAAGAGGGACAAUAUUGCUGAUCCAAGUAUUUUGCCAGGAAGUGUGACUUCUCCUGUCAUGGGAACUAAUGCAGAUGAUGAUGGUACUGUUGCAGCAGAUCCAUGCCACUUAGAAUUUCCUAUCCUCGCUUCUCCACAAAACCUCAUGACCUUGCAGAAUCCACCUGCGGAAGCAGAUCCAACUGAUACAUUGCUUGCAAUGGCAGCUCGGGAUCUGCAAACUGAGAUGCAAACACCAUGCCCAACAUUGGAUGUUCAACAUCGGAGGGUGUGCCCUGAUGAUUCGAGUAAAAUGAACCUUGAACUAGAUACAGCAGCUGAAAUGUUGCAUGAAGGGACAACUUCCGACCACUUAGGUGAUUCCAGUACGGGAGUUAAAGAUAAAAAUGCUGACACUGUCGCUUCAGAUCCAUUGAAUUCAGAAAGUCAAUAUUAUAAUGCUCCACAAAACCCAGUUGUCUUGCCAGAUGGUCAUGAAGUUGAAACUCAGACUGAUCAGUCAAGUAUGCCUGCGCAACAUAGUACAAGUCUAGCUGCCCAACAAAACUUAGCAAUUUCGGGAUAUCCACCAGUAGAAGCCGAAUCAUCAAGUAAUCUGGACAUGGAUGCUGCCCGGAGUUUGCAGCCUGAUAUUCAACCAUCAAGCUCAAUGCUGGAUGCUGAUAGCUCUCAAACUGCGCGUCAGCCGGAAACUACACCUGUUCUAUCACAGGGAGGUAGUACAUCACAGGGGUUUGGUGUAGAUAAUAAUGGCACUGUUUGCGCACAUCAAGCCCACUCAGAAUCACCAACUUUUGCUGCCCCACAAAGCCCAGAUAUGUUGCUGUUUUCUUCGGAGGUCGGAAUUCAUGCUAAUCUAUCAAGUACGCCUUCCCUGCAAAGCAGUGAUGCUGAUACACCUUCAAGGCCUCCACCUGCAGUGGCAGAAUCCCCUGGUAUGUUGGGCACACAGGUGGAACAGAAUUUGCAUCCUGACAUUGCACCAUCCACCUCGUUGUCGGGUGUCCAACUUCAAGGGAUGUUCCUGGAUGAAAGGAGUCCAGCAGGCUGUCGAUCAGAUGGAGUAACUGAUUUGUCAGAGGAAAGUGAAACUGAAUAUCUAACUGGUGCUACAUGCAAUCUGGCCACCGUACCAGUGUAUAGGGAAGCUGAAACUGAGGACGAUCAAGCAAGUGUGCCUGCACAGGAAAUCAGAAGUCCCCAUGCCCAACGUAGUUUAGCAACUUCGCAGCUUCCAGUUGAUGAUCUGCAGCAACCAACCUUGAUUCUCUCUGAGGAAGCAGAAAGGGCUGGUACAUUGUGUGCCACAGCAGCUCAGGAUUUGCAAAAUGGAAUGCAACCGUCAAUCACAACACAGGAUGCUCGACUUAACAGAACUGAUCUGUCUGGUAUGCCAGUGACACGAAGCACAACCAUCCUGCAGAGUGUAGAACCUUCAUCGGAUCCACAUGCAGAACAAGCAGGUAGUGUGGGUAUGCUGUCAGCUCCAGAUUUGCAGCAUGAAGUGCAACCAUCACCUCAAAUGCAGGAUCAACCUGCAGAAAUGGAAGGAGCAGGUACAUCGGGUACCAUUGCGGCUCAGAAUUUGCAGCCUGAAACACAAUCAUCAACCUCAGUUCAGCAUAUUCCGCCUGAGAGAACACACCCUGAUGAGAGGAUUCAAAUAGGUCUUCAGCCAAGCUCGACAUCGGGUCCUGAACACUACCAACUCUUUACAGUGCCACCUGCAGCAGUUAAUAAUUUGUCACAUAGUUCCGAACCACUGAUAAAUGAGUAUGAAAAACUGAAACUCUUCAAGGCUGCAGUUAGUAAACAAUAUGAUCAGCAGAAAUCAAAACUUCAAACAGAGUGCAACCAAGAAAUGGAGAAGAUAGUGAAGAAAUAUGAGUUGUUACUUCAAAAGGAAGAGCACACGUAUCAUCGAUCGAACAAACUGGCAGAUGAUAUGUACAUGAAGCUUUUUUUGCAACAAUCACUGGCUGAGAAUUUUCAGGAGAAAUUCAUGAAAUCAAUUCCAGCUCAAGUGAGAUCUAUGAGCCCCACAAUACAGCAGGCACCUCAAUCUUUUCAGCCAGCACUGUCUAGGAUGUCAGUGGCUCAAACAACGUCAUUACCUGUCGCCUCACCACCAUGGUUGAACUCUUCGCAUUCAACGGGACCUUUCCUCCAAGUCCAACCUUCACAGGUGGCUCGGCCAUCAGCAUCUGAGGCUGUCCAACCACAACCAGUCAUCUUACCUGGAAGUCUUUAUAGAGCAACACCGCCACCUGCUAGUUCAAUGCCUCUGCGAAACGGAAGCUACGGACGAGGACCUGCUCCUCAUCUCCAGCAGCAGAGGAUGCUGGCAGCAUCUGCACUGGCCCUCAGAGAUCAGCAGCAACUUGCUGCUAUGAGUCCAGGGGUUACGUCAUCGAGACAGUCUGCCCCAGGUUCGGCUACAGAGUUGAUGGCAAACUUUCUUCAAUCUCCACCAAGCACAACCCCAGUUCCAAUGGCAGCCCAGCAAGCAUCGGGCCUGAUUCCAGGUUUGCACCACAUGCCUGGUGGUCCACCAAAUGGCGCAGCAGGAAUUCGGCAAUCUGGAGGUCACCUAGCAGUUAUGAAUCAGGCUGCUCCUGAGCCCAGUCCAGAGGCGAUGCUGCUCUUCCAAAGGCGGUGGAGGACCCACCCCAUAGCACCACCAAGCUCAGUUCACCGAACAGUGGCAUCGGCAUCAAACCCACAUCCAGGUCUUGCGGCAGCGGCGUCCUCAACGAACCGGUAUCUCAUGGCAACCCAGCAAGCAUUGAUCCUGAAUCCAGCUCCGGGCAGCUUUGCAGGUCCAGCGAACGCUGCAGCGGGAUGGCACGGUGGAGCUACUAUCCCAGCAGCAGUUGCUAGUCAGCCUGCUCCUGGACCGGCCUUGUCGAAUGUGCAGCCGGUGGGCAGGACUGGCCAGCAAACUAUUUGGGUCCCUGUUGGCGCGGGGGGCCAGGGAGGCGCGAUGGGAGAAGUGGUGUGCGUAUCUGAUGACGACGAUGAGUAGCAGCCGUAGUAGUGGUGGUGGAGUAGUGGCGCCUGUGUACCGAUCUCUGUGGGGUUAGUGGUGGUGUAAUGUGUAGCGUAGGUCAUGAUUUAGAGUAGAGGUGAUAUCUGACCCAACCCCUUUAGCACAGCAGCAUCCGUGGUAGCAAAGGGAUGGCGCUGGUGAGGGUAGUGAACUCAUCAUCAGGCAUUUUGGGGGCGGCAAAGAACAGAGCAGAUGUGGUAAAGUAGUACAAGGGAUUAAGGGAAGAGAGCAUCGUGCAUUCUGUCUUGUACAUUGUUGGUGGAUUGCUUCUUGUUUGAACCGACCGAUUGUUGGAUGCGCGACUGGGAACGCUUCUUUGCUGUGCG